UGUAUGCCGCUUACGUCCAUAAGAUAUCGUGAAAAACGCAACAGUCGAUCAAAGUGCGUACUUCGAAUCACAUCUCAGAAAUAUCUGCUCGCUUUUAAAAAGAAAAGUAUUGACAUAAGACAUUUAUCUUUGCAUCUUCGAAGAAAAAACGUUCUUUCAUUUACGUUUUCGUUGAAUUAUAUUGAAAUAUAUUGAAUUAGGUUUUCGAGUUUGCUAAACUUCUAGUUUUCAAAGGGAAAAAAAAACAUGAUCGUCUCGCCCAGUAUUGGUUUAUUGAUGGUUGGAGUGGCUUCUGGUGUUUUUCUUUUCAUUGGCCUCCGAGUAAAGAAAGAUUCGAAGCCGAGGGAAACGAAGCGAGUGCCCGUGGACGACAAUCGCUGCGCCUGUUGCUUGGCACCGUUUUUAAUCAAUCGUGGUGUGCGCUGCAAUGAUUGCGGCGCCAGGUCCUGUAUAAAGUCCUGUUCCCGUUGGGACACAUCGGAUAAUGCUUGGCAUUGUAUAUUCUGUCAUCAUCGAAGAACGAGGAUAAGGAGGAAUGAGAAAUGGUUCGAAAAUUUCGGUGCCACGAAUGAGGAGGAAUUGCAUAGCUUCUUUGGUACUGCUAAGUCACGAGUCUACGUUGCAGGACAUGCAGUCGCGGCGAAUAUGGAGCAGAUUCAGGAGGAUCAGGAAGAGAAACGCACGGUGUACAUAAUUCGAAACUUUGUUGAGAAGAUAAUUGAAGAUUUCAUUGAUAAUGUGGAUGAUACGUCGAUCGAUCGACUGUACAAAAAUUCCGAAUAUGACAAAUUUUUGGAGGAACAUCGUCCGCCGUUGAUUGUCGCUUUGACUCGAUUGGCUACGUGUUUGGAAACAUCUCUUAUGAAUAAACCAUCUAUGGAUUCGCCAGCUACGGCACACGCGGCUCUCAAAGAGAUCGUCGAGCGAGCUGUCGAGGAAGCUCGGAAGUUACCGGGAUUGGGUGCAUCUGAGGAUACCGAGCAUCCUUCAGAAGGUCGUCCAAUCGCUGAUCAUAGUUACGAGGACCUUCUCGCCACCGCGAUACUCAAUAAGGUCGUCGAAAAAUUCCAAAGAGAACGAGUGGAUGGCAACAGCAACGUACUACAUGACACAGAUUCACCUAAAGCAAAAUAUAUCGCGAAUGAUGUUCCUCUUUCAGCUGAGAGCGAGCAUGGCCUUGAGGAAGACGCGGCGAGUUACAUGUCCUAUCGUCGCGAAUGCAACGGUAAUCAUAGCGCGAUCAGACGAAAUGGAGAUAAUCGGGAACCGGUGUCUUUUAUGAUGGAAGAACAAAUAGAGGAGGUAACUACGAUCACGUCGGAUGAUGAUGAAUUUCGGAGUAAUGAUGUCAUGAAAUUCGAAUGCACCCGGCGUGUUCCAUUUCCGGAACUCGGAAUGGAUAUCGUUGACCCUCCGCGAGAAUUGUCGCCAUCGCCAUCAUCAUCGUCAGAUUCCUCAGAUUUAGAUCGCAAUGAAUACUCGGCCAGGACAAAACGUCAUGUCGCUGAUCGCGCGAUGGAUCUAAUCUCGCCCGUCGAAUCCUGGGAGGACAAUUGGCUAUUCCAAAAAAGGAGAACAUCCCGAACACAGCCGGACGCGGUGGCUAUGUUAGUACCAAGUUCUAACGCGUAUUACAAGGCUCUGAUCGGCGAUAGAGAUGCUGAGGACACGUCAGAUUUAUCCGAGUGUUCUUCCACGAAAUCCGAUGAAGAGAUCGAGAAGGAACUGAUGGAAGCUAUUAACAAUGUGGUCCCGAGGACUCCCAGAACGUCCGAAUGCGAUGCGAAAAAUAAUUCAGAAGUGCCAAAUGUUGCCACGCAACUCGGACAAGAUGAAAUCGACAUCUGUCAAGAAAUAAAAAUUGAAAAAAAUUUGUCUGAAAAAAUUUACGAGCGUUUCGAUGAGAAAAUUAGUGAAAAAUUAUUGAAAUCUCCAGAAAUCUCGGAAAAGAAAACAAUCAAGCAUGUAAAUGAUAAAGAGAAACUAAGUGAAAGUUCCUUUGCGUUGAUAACGGCGGCAAAAGGAGAAGACGAAGCCAAAGAGAAACAUAAGGAUACAACCGAUUGCGGCGAAAGGAUAAUCGCAAUCACGGUGGAAAGUUCUGCGCGAAAGGACACGCAAUCUGAAAAAUCGAGCGAGAGGAACGAUCAAAUGGGAAACGUCGUCGACGAAGACGAAGACCAACGAGAAAGCGAGUACACCGAACACUACGACACGGCGAUCCAGAGGCACCUAGACAGUCUGACAAAAGUCGAAGUUUGCUCUGGAGAGAACGAGAUGAUUAACGAAACGGCUAAAACAAUGAACGACCAAUUCAAAGAAUUGGAAAACAAUUCAGCUGAGGAACAAGAAAGCGAACGCUUACAAACCAAAGUCCAAUUAUCUUAUGCAACAAGUGAAAAUCACAUCGAUAUAGCGGAUGAAAACGAUCGAUUAAGCGCUCCACCACGUCCAGGUACAAUAGCAGAACGCGAGCACAAGAAAUGGGAAAAUGCGCCGCCGAUCGAAAACAAUCCCUAUAGCGAGGAAAAUAUACGAAAACGAUGCUUGGAGAGACAGUAUUCGAGAAAUUCGGAUAUUCCAGGAACUCAUUAUGACUUAACAAAAUUGAACGAAGCAAAUCUGGAGGCGCUCCUAGCACCCGAUUGUCCGGACAUUAAACGAUUCGGCAGGGAUUAUUAUAUCAACCAAUCAAAAGUGGCCAGCGGAGAACGACAGGAGCAGGCCGCCAGAUCGACGAUGUCUUCGAUGUCGAGCAGGCCGAGCAGCUCGCUGUCCCAGCGAUCGAGUUGUACUGGCAACGAGCAACGCGAACAACAGGUGAGUCAUCACGAGCUCGAGCAAUUCGAGGCCGCCUCGCUGCGAGGUAGUCUUCCUAGACGACGCUGUCGCGAUCCCCUUGCCAGUCCACAUUUCGCGAUCAACCCCCUCCUACAUCUGAAGCUGGUGAGUGGUCGGUUACCUCACGAUGACGAUGACGACAACCAGCAAGUCCAGAAUGUCAUAGAGAACGAGCGAAUAAACGACAGGGAAAACACGAUUGAGGACACAACAGGAGAUCAAAGAUUCCGAAAUUUCGGAGCUAUAGUUCAUAGAAAGGAGAAUAACGUUCUGGCAGAGGACUUGGAGAUCGAUACACACUUUGGAAGAACAUCAGCGAAUUGGAAUGAAUUUUCGAACGAUCACGAUACAAAUGUCGACCGCGAGGCUGAAGAACCGAUAGUACCGCGAUACGAUGCUAAUCGUGGGGGUUUGUCGGACCAUCAAGACGAUUACGAUCCGGGCGAUCAUGAUUCAGGAAUCGGUUCGCGCGACUCGAUGAUCAGCGAUCGGAAUCGCUGGCGACGACUGUAUCGGAUGGCAGACAACAAUCGUCACGAUGGCGGUGAAGAGAUAUCGUCGAUCGGUGGCAGGAGAUUCUGGACUACUGGCGGAUAUAAAUAUCACACGUUCGGCGGCAUUAGAAUCCGGCCGAGGGAAGGGGAAGACCUCGACGAUCUUGAAGAUGAAUCGACUUCGCCGCCGGUGGAUGAGUUCGCGGAUCAUCCAUUGGAGUUCGCAAAAUUAAAAUUUCAGACUUUUGGUGGGAUUAAAAGAAGUCGAAGGAUCCACGGCAGCAAAAUUCCAAAUUACAGGAGAAUCCGAUUGAGACCGAUCCUGCCAGAGGUUGCCAGAUCCGCUGAGCCCAACGCUGAUCAAAGGCGCGAUCGAGUCGUAAUGGGAAAAUCACGAAAUUUUGAAUUGUAUUCUAACGUCGAUCGUUUAGGAAGCUUGGAUCGGUUAGCAAACUUAAAUCGUUCCACAAGUUUCGAAGGAUUCGCUAGCUGCGAGCAUUCUACGAGCUCGACUUUCGAGGAUAGCGAUUGGCAGAACGAAGAGGAUGACGUUGUGGAUCAUCGGGUUUCAUUUGGACACGAUAUCGGCAGAAAUCGAACGACAGCCUUCAAAACAAACUCCGCAAAAUAUAGAAAUCCCAUUCGUAAGAAAAACGUAAAUUUGUCCUCUCUCUUAUCCUUCGAAAACGAGGACAACGAAUGGCAGGACGAACCAUUCCAUUCUAUCUCUAAUGAGAAUAUAAUGAACAAAUUCCCAAGUGAUAGUUCAAAAAAGCGAAAAAUUUGCGCGUUUAGCGAUGACGACAAUGUUGCGAGACGAGGAAGAGAAACGAGAUCUCGAAGAUAUCGGGAAAUCUUUGAGGAAGGCAAUGACAGAAAGUUGGAGAAAUUGAUAAACAGGAACACCAAGAAGAGCCUGAACAGCUCGAGGAAACUUCGAGCGCAAGAAGAGAAAAGCGAUGAUAAGAGACACAGAAAGUUGGAUGAGAGACGUUUGAGCGACAUCACGAUAUGGUGAUGAUAAACGCUGAUCAUGAAUAGAAUCGACUUCGAAUGUACAGGAAAAAAAUGUACAAGAUAUAUCACGUUAAUAAUUAUAGCGUGAUUUUCAUGAAGAAACAUCCUGUUAUAAGAAUAAUUCCAGAAAUAUAUAUUUGCCAUAUUCUAUCUUAAAAUGCCAAGAUACUUCUUACUAUUAAUUAAUAUGGAAAAAUACUUCAAGAUAUAGUUGGUAUACACGAUGAAAUGAAGAAUUAAUGAAGGAUAUUGCGAAAUUUUUGACGACCCGAAUAUUAGAUAUUCAGAAUACGAACUUCCGCGCGAUAAUUGCCGGAUACGAUCAAGAUAAUGAUUGUAAAGAUUUAUUAGCAAUACUUUAAUAUAAUUGCUAUACAAUGUUAUAUAAUUGAUUUACUUUUCUCGGUGCAAUAAUGUGCCUGAGAAAAUGUAUUUAUAUUAGUGCCGUAAUUAUGUAGCCAUAUUUUUCAAGAUAAAAGUGCCAUGGCGCAAUGCGCUAAUAAAUUAUGAGUGCAAUAAUUAUACAAAAUUAAGAAAUCAUAUUUAUACGACGUUAAGUCGCAAGUGGUAAAUAAAUACGGGUGUACAAAAGUA